CAGUUAUUGGAAUUUAAAGCAUUAUAUAAUUUCAGUCAAUAAUGCAUGUUAGUUUCUAUAUUUAGUACUAUAAAUCAAACAAAUUACAAUAUAUAUCCACACACUGAAUACGAAUUUCAAUAAAUAUAAUAUAACUUGUUCAAAAAAAGGAUGAAGUAUAUAAUAGAAGAUUCCGCAGUAUUUAUAUUUUUGUUUUUGCAGCCCUUGCUCCCCUCGUUAGGUCUCUCUCUCUCUCUCUUGUAUCGUGAGCUCAGCUGAAACCUUAUCUGUGUAGAGAGAUGAAAGGCGUGGACAUGUUCUGCUCAUCAGAAGCGGCAACUUCAAUAUGCCUAAGCUCGACAGCAUCUCCUUCCGCCACCACACUCCUCGGCGGCGGAAGAAUCAUCGACCGCCACAACCCAAUCAUCAAAGACUCCAAAAGAGCUCCCAAACCCACCCCACCCACCAAAAAGACAAAGAAUUCAAACGAAACCAAAACCGACACCUCCUCUCUCUCUAAACUCGACGCCAUAGCCAUGGUGAAGAAGAGCUGGAGCUGCACCAAUCCCGGCGACUUUCUCUCUCCUCCUGGCUCCACCAGAUAUUUGUUGAGAGAGAAAGUUUGCGACAACACUCCACCAGAUUCUGAUCCAACUAAUUUGUGCGCUCAGGAAACCUCAAAUAAGGAGGACUCUACUCCAUCUCAUUCUUCACACCAGGUUGUUGUUGUUGUGCUGAGAGUGUCUUUGCACUGCAGAGGAUGUGUGAAAAAACUGAGCAAACAUCUCUCAAGGAUGGAAGGAAUAAAAUCUUUCGACAUAGAUUUUCUGGCGAAGAAGGUGACGGUGACCGGAAACGUGACGCCAUCGGAUGUUCUUUCAAGCAUAUCUAAGGUGAAGAAUGCCCAAUUAUGGCCUCCUUCCAUUUCAUCUUCCAAUCCAACGUCACAACUCAACACUCUUCAAAACAACAUAGCUGCUACUGCACAAAUUUAAUUUCAAGCCUCAUGUUUUAUUUCACAAAAUAAACACCAUCUCAAAUACUAUUAUUUAGCAUGGACAAUUCCAAUUAUGGAGAAGUUACUGCACCUUUUGAUUAAUUUCUUCAACUUUUUUAUUUAUUUAUUUUCAAUUAGAGCUUUAAAUUUAUUUGUUAGUUUUUUAGUAUGAUGUUUGUAACUGAGGAGGAUUAAUAGUCGAAGAAUUUAGUAGUAUAUUUUUACUA